AUGCACGCGUUACAGCGCGUUCAACAGGCAGCUACUGCCGUUGGCAUAUUGGGAUUGCUCAGCCCGAUCGCAGUGGCCGCAAGCUACGUUUGCGACACCAUCGCCUCGACAACCAAUAUUGAGCUCGAGACGCCGUUCACAAUCCAAUGGACAACUGAACAAAGUCACUACUGGUCCAGCGCGUGCUCUAACCUACACCCUUCCUGUAUACUAUACCCCGAAACAGCGGAUGAGGUCUCGGCUAUCGUGCGAGUCUUAAAUAACAGCACAGAGAAGUUCGCGAUCAAGUCCGGUGGCCACAAUCCGAACCUGUACUAUUCCAGCAUUGAGGGUGGACCCCUUCUCUCCACCGCCAAACUGAAUGAGGUGCUGCUCGAUCCAACCACACAGACAGUGCGUGUCGGCCCAGGAAAUAGGUGGAACGAUGUAGCAACGGCACUAGAUGGAACCGGCUUCAGCGCUGUUGGUGGCCGACUAGGUGUUGUCGGUGUUGGAGGAUAUCUACUUGGUGGUGGACUGAGCUUCAUGUCCACAGAAUACGGAUGGGCGACGGAUUCAGUCUUAGCGUUCGACGUUGUCUUCGCGAACGGAAGCAUUGCCACAGUCACUGCAGACAACCAUCCGGAUCUGUUCGUGUCAAUGCGCGGCGGUGGUAACGCCUUCGGUAUCGUCACGGCAUUUACACUGCAGGCCUACCCACAGGGCGAUGUCUGGGGCGGCAACAUUAUUUUCUCGUCGGAUGAAGGCAGUAAUGCCAAAGUCCUCGCGGCGCUGAACAACUUCGCUCUCGACUACCCGGACGAGAAGGCUGCCAUCAUUGCCACCGCUGAGGUCACUCUGCAAGGUCUGCUUCCUUUAUGGGUGGUGUACUUCUACUACAAUGCACCAAAACCGCCAGCCGGUGUCUUCGAUGAGUUCCUAGCUAUUACGGCACUGCUCAACACGUGCAAGACGCGAUCGUAUGCAGACUUGCUAUACACUAAUGGCCAGGCCGGUGGUCAAACAGGUGUGGUUCAGCUAGGUAGCGAGAUGUCCUCACUUCCACAGGGUCCUGUCGAUGGCGUUGGAAACCGGACCACGGCUGGUCUGCACGUUUUCCAGGAGUACUUCGACUACUGGCAGGAAGUGAGCAAAACACUCUUGGUUGUUCCGGGCAUUCUUAGCAGUAUUGCUUUCCAACCAAUUCCUCGAGGCAUGGCCCGCAUAGCUAAAGAGAAAGGGGGCGAUCUUCUUGACCUAGAUGACACACUCGAUCGUGUCAUUUUAGAAUUCACUAUGAGCUUCACUUUGCAGACUGAUACUCCGUACAUGGAGUCAAAAAUGGAAGAGAUGUACGGCGGUAUACGGGAGAGGGUCUUGAACUUCACGGAGCAGGGUAUUCUGCCGGAGUCAUAUCUGCCAUUGUUCUACAAUGAUGCGUUUUACGAGCAGGAGUUCAGCGCAAGGCUGAGACCGGAGAACGCAGAACGUGCCCGGACUCUCCGACAAGAGGUUGACCCUGCUGACUUGUUUCUCAACAGGACAGGUGGUUUUAAGCUCUGA